AUGACAAGGAUAAAUAAUCCAAAUAAUUUUCAAGUCAGACAUUUUUCAUUUACUUCUAUACCAAGAUUCAUUUUACAUUCCAUGCGAAUACCUGCUGCCGGUGUAACGGUUGGUGUGGGAGGUCUUACUUAUGCUAAUUAUAAACUUAAUGAGAUGGCAAUCAAAAGUUCAGAUUUAUUAAAUUCGAUCACAUCCGGAAUUAAGUCAGCUUUUGGUUCAAUCAGUUCAAUCGAAAUCCCUCAACCACCUAAAUUUCUCUCAAAUAUUUUUUCCUCAAAUUCUUCAAAAAAUGAUUCAUCAAAUUCUUCAUCUUCUUCAACUUCCUCAAAUCAUUAUCAAUUUCAAGUGGAAUCGGAUAAACCUAGAUUUAUUAAAAAAGAUGGUGAAUUAAUUGAUUCUAAUAGAAUUUCAGUUCAAGAUGAUGAAUUUAUGUUACUCACUAGAAAAUUAAUUGAAGUUCGAAAUAUUUUAUUAAAUAUUGAUCAUAAUGAAGGACUUAAAUUACCUAGUAUCGUAGUUAUUGGAAGUCAAAGUUCAGGUAAAAGUUCAGUAUUGGAAGCUAUCGUGGGACAUGAAUUUUUACCAAAAGGAUCAAAUAUGGUAACACGUAGACCAAUAGAAUUAACAUUAAUCCAUACACCAAAAUCUAAAGAAGAAUAUGGAGAGUUUCCUCAAUUAGGUUUAGGCAAAAUACAUGAUUUUACCCAAAUUCAAAAAACCUUACGUGAUUUAAAUUUGGCGGUACCAGAAUCAGAAUGUGUAUCAAAUAAACCUAUUGAAUUAAGAAUCUUUUCCGCCAAUGUACCAGAUUUAACUUUAAUAGAUUUACCAGGUUAUAUUCAAGUUAGUAAUAAGAAACAACCCGAAACUUUAAAAGAUAAAAUUACGGAAUUAUGUCAACAAUAUAUUAAAGAACCCAAUAUCAUUUUGGCGGUUUGUGCGGCUGACGUGGAUUUGGCUAAUUCAGAAGCUUUAAAAGCGGGAAGAAAAGUUGAUCCAUUAGGUUUAAGAACCAUUGGAGUAAUUACAAAAAUGGAUUUGGUGGAACCGGAAAUUGGAGCAUCUAUUUUAAGGAAUUCGGAUUAUCCUUUACAUUUGGGAUAUAUUGGUGUUGUUUCACUCAUGCGUCAUGAAGAAGAAUUCUUUCGAAGCAAUUAUGUUUAUAGUCAAAGAGGGAUUCAAGUUGGUACAGGAACUUUACGUAGAAAAUUAAUGGAAGUGUUAGAAGAGAAUAUGGCGAAAUCAUUAUUUUCAAUUGUUAGUGCGGUACAAGUAGAAUUAGAAGAAGCUCGUUAUCAAUUUAAAGUUCAUUAUAAUGAUAGACGAAUCACAGCCGAAUCAUAUGUAGCAGAAACAAUUGAUAGUAUUAAACAUAAUUUCAAAAAUUUCGCACAUUCAUUUGGUAAACCUCAAGUGAGACAUGAAGUUAGAACAAUGUUGGAACAAAGGGUUUUGGAUCUUUGCGCGGAAUUAUAUUGGACGGAUAAUAAAAUUAAUUAUUUACCCAAAGCAACAAUCGAUGAUAUUUAUUGGCAAUAUAAAUUGGAUUUAAGUUCUGCCUCACUUACUAAAAGUGGAAUAGGUCGAACCAGUACACAAUUGGUGGUUGAUGUGUUAAUGGCCAAUAUGGAAAAAUUGGCUUCAAUUGAUCCGUUAAAUAAUCAUCCGGAUACUAGUAAUAAAGUAUUAAAAUUUAGUAAUGAAAUUUUACGUAAUAAAUUUCAUACCACCGCGGAUCAAGUGGAAAAUUGUGUAAAACCUUAUAAAUAUGAAGUGGAAUGUACUGAACAAGAAUGGACGGAUGGAGUUAAGAGAUCAAUUUCACUUUUGGAAAAAGAAUUAGAAAAUUGUGAGAAAGCCUUAAGAAGUAUUAAAAAUUCUUUAGGUAAAAAGAAAUUAAGAGCCGCGAUAAAAUAUGUACUUGAUUCGGAAAAAGAAUCCGCAAAACCAAUGAUUAGUAAUGUUAUUGAAAGUGGUGAUUAUUUCGAUCAUCGAGUAAUUCAUUUUAAUCCGAAAGUGGUGGAAAAAGCCAAAGAAGCAAUAUUCUUAAGGGAUCGAUUGAUGAUAUUAAAAUAUCGAUUGGCGGCAUUAAAAUCACGUCAAUGUAAAUCACAAGAAAAUAAACAAUAUUGUCCUGAAGCAUUUCUUAAUGUGAUAGCGGAAAAAUUAACUUAUACCGCGAUCGAAAACAAAUUUUGUCAUUCGCCAAAGAAAAUCCUAGAAUACGGAAACAUUUAG